GUUUACUUGGGUUAAAAUGGUUCUUUUCCUCAUAUCCUGACCUUUUUCUCCUCUUUCCAAAGCCCAAUGCACAGCUAUAUGCAACUUCCAUAUCACUCAGCCUCCUCUUUCUCUUUUCUUCAUUCUCCUGGAGACUCUCUUCCUCCCUUCUUUCAACAACUGACCACAAAACCCUACCCUUAUUUAUCUUUCCAUUGGUUUAUAAAACCAUAAAAAGAACCAACAACUUCUUCUCCUUAUUUCUUCUUUCUCCAACUUUGAAUGGCUUCCAUGAACAAUUGGUUGGCUUUCUCUCUUUCUCCUCAAGAGCUCCCUUCACAAUCUCAAGACCAUCAUACUCCCCCCGCCGUCUCGCGCUUCAUAUCCGGCGACUCAGUACUCAGCUCAGGCCUCGGCUUCAACUCUGUUGAGGUAUCAGGCCACGACGUCUCCAACGACUGCUUAGAUCUCUCAUCGGACUCAACAGCUCCUCUUAUGAACAUCCCAAAUCUAAGACAGGAUGGUUCUUUUGGUAUUCUAGAAGCAUUCAACAGACGCCAUCAGCCCCAAGAUUGGAACAUGAACUGCGAAUCAAACUUCAAAACGAGCUCUGAGCUUUCAAUGCUCGUUGGAGGUGGUUCAGGCAGCAACCAAAAUCUAAGCCAUGAAGGUCCAAAGCUAGAGGAUUUUCUCGGCGGCCACUCAUUUGCUGAUCACUCUUUACGAAAGUUUACUGAGAAUAAUGGGAUUCCAACAACAUUCGAAAAUUCUGGGGACUAUAUCUUUUCCAGCUACUCUUUGAAGUCACAAGCAGUGACGGCAGUGACAACAGCAGCAGCAGCAACAACAACGGAUUGUAGCACAGGAAGUGGAUUGAACAGCAACUCAAUCGGUCUUUCGAUGAUCAAGACAUGGUUGAGGAACCAGCCUGCGCCACAGCAGCAGCAGAAGACGGAGAAUAAGAACGAGGCAACGGCAGCAACCAAAUGUGCUGCAGCGGGGAAUGCCGGAACAGUACGGAAUGCUCAGACAUUGUCGCUUUCAAUGAGUACUGGGUCUCAGCCAAAUGCAGCUUUGCCUCUUCUGGCUAAUGCAGCUGCCGGUGGAAACGGAGGGGGAGGAGAGAGUUCGUCAUUGGAGACUCAACCUAAGACUAUGGCUCUUGAUAGCCAAACUGGUGCUAUUGAACCAGUGGCGCGGAAAUCCAUUGAUACAUUUGGUCAGAGAACUUCAAUCUACCGUGGCGUAACUAGGCAUAGAUGGACUGGUAGAUAUGAAGCUCAUCUAUGGGAUAAUAGUUGUAGAAGAGAAGGACAGACUCGAAAGGGUCGGCAAGGUGGAUAUGACAAGGAAGAAAAGGCAGCUAGGGCAUAUGAUUUGGCUGCUCUCAAGUACUGGGGUUCCACUACAACAACAAACUUUCCUAUAAGCAAUUAUGAGAAAGAAUUGGAAGAAAUGAAGCACAUGACCAGGCAGGAAUAUGUUGCAUCUCUUAGAAGGAAAAGUAGUGGUUUUUCUAGAGGUGCAUCCAUUUAUCGUGGAGUUACAAGGCACCAUCAACAUGGAAGGUGGCAAGCGAGGAUAGGAAGGGUUGCAGGGAACAAAGAUCUCUACUUGGGAACUUUCAGCACCCAAGAAGAAGCAGCUGAGGCCUAUGACAUUGCCGCUAUAAAAUUCCGUGGCCUAAAUGCAGUGACAAACUUCGACAUGAGCCGAUACGACGUAAACAGCAUCUUAGAGAGCAGCACAUUGCCAAUUGGAGGAGCCGCAAAACGUUUGAAAGAUGCCGAGCAUACUGAAGCCAGUGUUGAUGGACGAAGAACGGACACUGAUAACAUUACCUCACAUUUAGCAGAUGGGAUCAGCAGAUACGGAUCUCACCACUAUGGGUGGCCCACCAUUGCUUUCCAACAAGCUCAACCAUUGAGCAUGCAGUACCCUUAUGAUCAGCUGAGAGGUUGGUGCAAGAAGGAACCGGAAACCAGUUCAGCCCACGGGCUGCAAGAUCUCCACCAACUUCAUCUGGGCAGCACCCACAACUUCUUCCACCACCACCACCAGCCUUCUAUGAUGCACAAUCUCAUGAGUUUGGACUCGUCCUCAUUGGAACAUAGCUCUGAGUCGAAUUCGGUUAUUUACAGUGGCAGUGGCGGUACCAAUGGAAGCUUGCAAGGAGUUGUGGGUGGAAGCAAUAGCUAUGUGAUGCCCAUGAAUGCAGUAAUGGCUGAUCAAAGCCACCACAACCAGGGGAGUUUUGGAGAUAGUGAGGUCAAGCAGUUGGAUUAUGAGAAUAUGGGACCCACCACUGAUCCAUUCGCAGGUAGAAAUGUGUAUUAUCUGCCGCAGCAAUCACCAGGUAUAGUGAAGGCAACUACUAAUAGCUAUGAGCAGAGUUCUCCCAGCAAUAACUGGAUGCCAAGCUCAGCUCAAGCACUUGGAUCAAGGUCAAGCAAUUUGACCGUUUGUCAUGGAGCUCCUAUUUUCACCGUAUGGAAUGAUAGUUAGAGUUAUAGAAAAAGGAGAGAAGAAUAGAUUUUAGAAGGGAGGAGAAAGGAGGAAGGAAUAGAAGAAAGGUCAAAGGGAAAGAAGCAUGUAUACAGCUUAGCUCCUGAUUUUGAAAUCUUUUUUGUUAUUUAUUACUCUCAGGGAACUAAAAAAG